CGCCUCCGCCUCCUGCUCCACACCUCCUCCCCACCCCAAAUCCCCUCCUCCCAGUCCCCGCAGCAGCCUCUCGGAGGCCCAGAGGCCUCGGCUCCUACACCCCACCCCCCCGCCUCCGGUCUCAGCCCCCGGUUCUGCCCACGCCCUCCUCCCGCCAGCCCGGCAGCCAGCGCAGCGCCCGGCCUCGCUCCCCGUGCGUCCUGCGGGGGAGGAGGCGCGGAGAGGCGGCAAGCGCAGCCGGGGAGGUGGGGGCAGAGGCACACAGAGGCGCGGAGGCUCGGAGAGAGGAGACGUGGAGGGAGGGACGGAGCCUGGACAGCGGUGGACCGGGGAGGCGCGCACCAGGCAAAGCGCAGCGCGCAGCAGGCGCCGGGAACAGAGAAGGGAGGCACGGGUGAUCUCUGGACGUCCAUGCACAGAGUGCCCUCUCCCACAGCGGAGCAGCCACCUGGCAGAGGAGAUAACACUCGCCGGACCCCUCAGCCCAGACUCAAGGCAAGUGCCCCAACCAUGGCACUGCCUCGAACACUGGGUGAGCUGCAGCUGUAUCGGGUCCUGCAGCGUGCCAACCUCCUUUCCUACUACGAGACCUUCAUCCAGCAGGGAGGGGACGAUGUGCAGCAGCUGUGUGAAGCGGGUGAGGAGGAGUUCCUGGAAAUCAUGGCGCUUGUGGGCAUGGCCACCAAACCACUCCAUGUCCGACGUCUACAGAAGGCUCUGAGAGAAUGGGCCACCAACCCAGGGCUCUUCAGCCAGCCAGUGCCUGCCGUACCUGUCUCCAGCAUCCCACUUUUCAAGAUCUCUGAGACAGCCGGUACCCGGAAAGGGAGCAUGAGCAAUGGGCAUGGCAGCCCAGGCGAAAAGGCAGGCAGUGCCCGAAGUUUCAGCCCCAAGAGUCCCCUUGAACUUGGAGAGAAGCUGUCACCACUGCCUGGAGGACCUGGGGCAGGGGAUCCCCGGAUCUGGCCAGGCCAGAGCACUCCAGAAUCUGAUGUUGGAGCAGGAGGAGAAGAGGAGGCUGGGUCACCCCCUUUCUCCCCACCUGCAGGGGGAGGAGUCCCUGAGGGGACUGGGGCUGGGGGGAUGGCUGCAGGUGGGACUGGGGGUGGCCCAGAUCGCCUGGAACCAGAGAUGGUACGGAUGGUGGUGGAGAGUGUGGAGCGGAUCUUCCGGAGUUUCCCCAGGGGUGAUGCUGGAGAGGUCACAUCCCUGCUGAAGCUCAAUAAGAAGUUGGCACGGAGUGUGGGCCACAUCUUUGAGAUGGAUGACAAUGACAGCCAGAAAGAAGAAGAAAUCCGAAAGUACAGCAUCAUCUAUGGCCGCUUGGAUUCCAAACGGCGGGAGGGCAAGCAACUCAGCUUGCAUGAGCUCACCAUCAAUGAGGCUGCUGCCCAGUUCUGCAUGAGAGACAACACGCUUUUACUUCGAAGGGUGGAACUCUUCUCCCUGUCCCGCCAAGUAGCCCGAGAGAGCACCUAUCUUUCCUCCUUGAAGGGAUCCAGGCUUCACUCUGAAGAAUUAGGAGGCCCACCACUGAAGAAACUGAAACAAGAGGUUGGGGAACAGAGUCAUACUGAAAUCCAGCAGCCUCCCCCAGGCACCGAGUCCUAUGCACCCCCAUACCGCCCCAGCCUAGAGGAGGACAGCGCCAGUCUGUCUGGGGAGAGCCUAGAUGGCCACUUGCAGGCUGUGGGGUCGUGCCCAAGGCUGACGCCGCCCCCUGCUGACCUGCCCCUGGCAUUGCCAGCGCAUGGGCUAUGGAGCCGCCACAUCCUGCAGCAGACACUGAUGGAUGAGGGGCUGCGGCUCGCCCGCCUCGUCUCCCAUGAUCGCGUGGGCCGCCUCAGCCCCUGUGUGCCUGCAAAGCCGCCUCUCGCAGAAUUCGAGGAAGGCUUGCUGGACCGCUGCCCAGCCCCAGGACCUCAUCCCGCUCUGGUGGAGGGUCGCAGGAGCAGCGUGAAAGUGGAGGCAGAGGCCAGCCGGCAGUGAAAGUGGGGAUGUCUCAGACCCAGGACCCCGGGCUUCUGGCUCACUUAGACCCCCCACAUUGUCCAUCCUCGAACUCCAGUCACCGCCCUAGAAGGAUCCUUCUGCUGCCCUUCUGCCCCAUGGGCACAGGACUAUGGGGCUUCAAGCAAUAACAAGCAGGGGCCUGGCCAGAGGACACUAGGAGGGUGCAAGGUGCGCCCUCACCCGGCUCAGGGGCACGGACUUCGCCUCCAGCCUGCUGGGGCUCUUCCCUCCCUCACCACACACACCCAUUCUCCAGGUGGCCGCCAGUGGGACGUGGGGAAAGAACUUCCUGGGAAGGUCUAGCAACCGGAAACGGCACCGUUUGCCCGGAGACUUGGGGCCUGGGAAAGCUGGGUCUCCCCUCCCCAUUUUUUGUGCUUCUAGUUUGUUUCUUUAAUUUAACAAGUGCUGCGGUUUGCCCACAUACACCCCCCCCGUUGUCAUCGCCCCCCUCCCAGCUGUGAGGUUCCCCACAGUCCCCUCCACCGGCCCCUUAGAGGCCUGGGUUGGACCCUGGGUCUCCUCAGGCCGGCAGGACUGCAGCGCCUGUCAGACUCCUAGAAAAGUGUCUUUCUUUUCAGAUUGUGUACAGUAGAUUAUUUAUUUUGUUAUUUUGGAAUAAAAUUUAUUUUAUGGCUUAGGA